CGCCACGAGCGCUCGAACAGCCGUGCCAGCGGCUCUGCUACGACACCAGCCAACUCCUUCAGUACUCUUGGAUGCAGCUCGCCCGGGCCUGCUGACCCGAACACGUCCAGCCCCCCCACCAGGCCCUCCCCCAUCACCAACACCACGUCCAGCAAGGCACUGCCCUCGCGGGACCGUAUCCCUCCUGCGGCCGGUGCUGAGGAUGAGACCCCAACCCCGACGGAGACCCCCGGCAGCCGCCCCUACGCCUGCCCUGAGUGCAACAAAGCCUUUUCCCAGAGCUCCACACUGAGCCGCCACCAGCGGACCCACACGGGCGAGCGACCCUAUGCCUGCAGCCUGUGCGGCAAGCAGUUCAGCCAGCGCGCCAACCACACCCAGCACCAACACACCCACACUGGCGCGCGCCCCUACCGCUGCGGGGACUGUGGGAAAACCUUUGCCUUCAGCUCCCGGCUUCUCCAGCACCAGCUGGUGCACACGGGCGACAGGCCCUACCGCUGCCCGGACUGCCACAAGGCCUUCAACCAGAAGUCCAACCUCAAGCAGCAUCAGCGCCUGCACAGCGGGCAGAAACCACCUGCGUACAAGCGCCCGGAGACUUCCCAGAAGCCCUACGGGUGCCAUCAGUGUGGGAAAGCUUUCCGGGUGAGCUCGCACCUCCUCCGGCACCAAGUCACGCACACCCAGGAGCGGCCGUACACCUGCCCGGACUGCGGCCGGGGCUUCGCGCUCAGCGCCCACCUCCAGCGCCACCGUGCCGUGCACAGCGGGGAGAAGCCGUACCCCUGCCCGCAGUGCGGGAAGCGCUUUGGGCUCGGCGCCCGCCUGGACCGCCACCUCCGGACACACUCCGGGGAACGCCCCUACAAAUGCGGGGACUGUGGGGCCGGCUUCGUGGACAGCUCAGCCCUCAUCAAGCACCGCCACAUCCACACCGGGGAAAAGCCCUACGCCUGCCCCGAGUGCGGGAAGAGCUUCGGGCGGAGCUCCUACCUGGCCACCCACCGCCGCGUGCACUCCGGGGAGAGGCCCUACCCCUGCCCGGACUGCGGGAAGGGCUUUGCCAGCAGCUCGGACCUCAGCAAGCACCGGCGGGUCCACACCGGGGAGAAGCCUUACAGCUGCGGGCUCUGCGGGAGGGCGUUCAGUCGCAGCUCCAACCUCCUGGCACACCAGAAGGUCCACCGGAGUGGGCCCGAGCCCAGGGAAUGAUGGGCUCAAGAGGAAGAACAGUGUUGUGGCUGGACAACCAUUGGGGAGGCUGGACAGGUAUGGCAGAGGCUGGACCCCAUCCAUCUAGGGCUGACAUGGUGGAUGGAUCCCAUCCACCUACACAUCCAGCAUGGCGGACAGGCCCUGUUCAUCUACAGAGCCAGUACAGUGGGAAGACCCUGUACGGCCCAUCCCACCCACAAAACUAAGAUGGCAGACAGACCCCAUCCAUCUACAGAUCCAACAUGACAGACGGACCCCGUUCAUCUACAGAUCCAACAUGGCGAAUGGACCCCGUCCAUCUUGAGAUCCAAUAUGGUGGACGGACCCCAUCCAUCUACAGAUCCAACAUGGCGGAUACACCCCAUCCAUCUUGAGAUCCAACAUGGCAGAUGGACCCCAUCCAUAUAAAGAUCCAAUAUGGCAGACAGACCCCAUCCAUCUACAGAUCCAACAUGGUGUACAGACCCAGUCCAUCUAGAGAUCCCACAUGGCGGAUGGACCCCAUCUAUCUAUAGAUGCAAUAUGGAGGACAGACCAGUCCAGGCCUCCAUGGAUUGGCCCAGUCCCCAGUUGUCGUGGCAACAAGAUGGCCACCCCCUGCUCCCACCCACCUCCUCUGUCAAACGCCUCAUGGCAGUGUACAGCCCCAAGCACGGGGGAGUCUGGACCUGUUUAGAGCACAAUAAAGGAACCAAUCAGAA